AUGCCCAAGCCUAUCACAAACUACUCUUCAUCUGGUGGCCAAUCAGCUUUCAGCACCUCUCCACCCACCGCCACUUACUCCUCCUCACCACCACUUCCCUCCUCACCACCACUUCCCUCCUCACCACCACUUCCCUCCUCACCACCACUUCCCUCCUCACCUGCAGCGGGGCAGCAGCGGGGCAGCAGCGGGGCAGCAGCGGGGCAGCAGCGGGGCAGCAGCGGGGCAGCAGCGGGGCAGCAGCGGGGCAGCAGCGGGGCAGCAGCGGGGCAGCAGCGGGGCAGCAGCGGGGCAGCAGCGGGGCAGCAGCGGGGCAGCAGCGGGGCAGCAGCGGGGCAGCAGCGGGGCAGCAGCGGGGCAUCAGCGGGGCAGCAGCGGGGCAGCAGCGGGGCAGCAGCGGGGCAUCAGCGGGGCAUCAGCGGGGCAGCAGCGGGGUAG